UCACGUGCUCACACGUGCAGGCAGUAAUAUCUCCCUCCAAUUUUCUUAAAAAUAUAGAAACGGUUUUCUAGAUUUAAUGCAAAAAAACCCAUAAUUACCAUCACCAUUUUCCCUUGUCCCUCUUUUGCCGCUUUUACAGGGAGGGCAUACUCUCUCUGAAAUUACAGAUCCAAAGCUUUCCACUUUCUUGGAUUCUCUCACUCUCUACUUUUCCAAGAAAAUUCAGCUUCGAAUUUCCCAGGAAAAUAGAACUUUACUUCUCUACUCUAUAUUUCUCUUCUUCUAUGCAAGAAAAUCCCCCCUUCAUUCCCAGGAUUGCCUUCUUGUCAAGAAAUCAGUUGUAUUUUCUUGAUUCUAAGAAAAUCCAGUUUUUUUUUUAUUCUUAAAAAAAGGUUCUUUUUUUAAUCAAUGGUAUCAAGCUAGUUCCUUUUUUUUCCUUGAAUCCAAGCAAAGCCCAGAAUUUGUUUGUUGAUAUUCUUUAUUGAAAAAGCUUCCUUUUUUUUUUUUUUUUGCUUUUGUUUUUCAAUGGCUUCAAGGGAAGUGUCAACAAUGAUAAAACAAGGCUUUAUUUCAGACCCAACACUCUCUUUAUCUUUCUCUCCAUCAAGAACAACUUCAACAACAACAACACUCUCAAGACUCUAUUCUCCUUCCUCUUCUCCUCCUCCUCCUCCAACUGAGUCAACUCGCCCGAGUCAAAACCCCACCCUCUUCGAAAUGAUGUCAGAGGAGCAUCUCCGUGAUUCAAAAACCAUCGAAGAAUCUCGCAAAAAGACUCAAACCCGAGUUGCUAAACUCCUCACCGAACUCAAAAUCUGUAGCUGUAACAAUUGGGGGCUGGGAUCAGGUGAUGUAAGGCUCACUGUAGUCUCUAGAGAUGGCUAUAGAGUUUCAAUGGAUGUGCACAGAAGAGUUUUGAUUGAGAAAAGUAGGUUCUUCGAGGAGAAGUUGAGUCAAAGCAGAGAGAACGGGGUUUCUCAUACAGUGGAAAUCAGUGAAUGUGAUGACGUGGAGGUUUAUGUGGAAACUGUGGUUUUGAUGUACUAUGAUGAUCUGAAGAAGAGGUUGAUUGGUGAAAAUGUUAACAAAGUCUUAGCUUUGCUUAAGGUUUCUGCGGCAAUAAUGUUUGAUGCAGGAAUUAGUUCUUGCUUGGAGUAUUUGGAAGCUGUCCCCUGGUCUGAGGAUGAAGAGGAAAAAGUUCUAUCUCAUCUCAGCCAACUUGAGCUUCACGGUUCAAUUGCUGAAGUUCUUCAGAGAGUAUCAUCUGGACCAUCUACGUCUGCAAGAGCAGACGACAUCUUCUUGAAACUACUUAGUGGUGUUCUUCAAGCCAAGGAUGAUAAAGCGCGUCGAGAAAUGAAAACUCUUAUUUCACGGUUACUUAGCGAAGAUUCAUUUGAAGAUGACAAUCGGUUAGAUGUCUCUAAAGAUACCCUUUAUCAUCUCUGUCACAGAUGUCUUAGUUCUCUUGUUCUCUGCUUAUCUGAAGCUACAGGAAUGGACGGUAGUAGACGAGAUCGAGGAGUUUUAAUGGCUGAAAUAGCUCGAGAAGCUGACAAUUUGCAGUGGAUUGUUGAUAUUCUGAUUGACAAAAGAAUGGCAAAUGACUUUGUGAAAUUGUGGGCAGAUCAGAGGGAACUUGCAGAACUUCAUUCAAAGAUUCCCACUAUGUACCGCCAUGAAAUCAGCAGAAUUACUGCUCAACUAUGUAUUGCAAUAGGGAGAGGAAACAUCUUGGUGCCAAGAGACUGCCGGUUCUCUCUACUGUCGACAUGGUUGGAAGCUCUUUAUGAAGAUUUUGGAUGGAUGAGAAGGGCAUCUAGAUCUGUAGACAAGAAACUAGUGGAGGAUGGACUCAGCCAGGCAAUUCUUACCCUAUCUUUGGGGCAACAACAGGUUAUUUUGCUCAAUUGGUUUGAUCGAUUUCUCAAUAAAGGGGAUGACUGUCCCAAUAUCCAGAGAGCAUUUGAAGUUUGGUGGAGAAGAGCUUUCAUCAGACAGUACACUGGUGUGCAGGAUAGUUCCCAGUUGCAAAUAACCCUCUGCAACUAUCCAACCUGAAAGGUCUACCAUUAAAGAGUUAAAAGCAAAAUGUGUAUAAUAUAAUAAUAAAUUGACAUUCUUUUGCAA